ACACACACACACACACACACACACACACACAAACACACACUCAUCUGUUAUUGCUGAUAUGUAAACCAUUGCUGGAGUGAAUGUAGAAAGUUAAAGGUAGAAAGAAUGACAGACCAGAGCAUGUGAUACAGGCAAAAGUGGAACCAAAUGAGCUUGUCUAUCAUCUACCUGCUACUGUAUUUCAAGUGGGACUGGACACCUUCCAGUAGCUAAAGGAAAUAACCAGCCCUACUUUCCACCCCGUUACCAGUAAAUAGAUCACACGAUCAAACGCUAACUUCGAUUUCCUCCUCAUUCUCUACUGAUUAACAGUGUGUAGGAUUAUCACUCUCUGAAAGUUACGACAGAUGGCUAAAAUGUUACAAAUGGCUAUCACUACGCUACGGCCAGCUAACAUGCUAUAGAUGACUAAGAUGCUGUAGUUAUGCAUGCUAUGCAUAGCUAACAUGCUAAAGAGCUGUGAACCCGUGCUGCAGCCCAUGAAUGCUGUGGUGGAAACCUCUUUAGACUUUGUGCUUGUAUUGCCUUUCCUCAACUUGUGCACCUUUUGCUAUGACUUCUAACAAUUGACCAAAGUGUCUGAAUGCUCAAAGGUUGAUGACACGUGGAAGGGUUUGCGAGAUAACAUGAACGCUAUAGGUUAUAUGACCCUCUGAGUAGAGAGUAUCUUGCGACACUGCUCAGACAGGCUACUGAAGGCUGUGUCGGGUGUGCUCAUCCAGUUUAAUGAAAUCAACCACACUGCUUUGCUAUAACAAGACGUAUCAAGACGUUUCAACUAUCGGUUUGCUUCUUCUCCUUAACUGCCGGCCCAACUCCAGGAAGUAGCUUCGGUAGAGCGGGUAUUUGGAAUGGAAACGAAGCGAUGCUUCCAUCAAUCCGUGAAGCCAAUUCAUUCGUAUCUGGUUGCUGAUCGUGUGGCCACCUUGUUGGAGUCACGAGGAAGAGUCGACCGCAACACCUGAUAUCUGUUCGUAUGGAAACGGAUAUUCACAUAGGCAGGAGCACUGUUGAAAAGUGUAAAGGAGGGAAUCCUGCUGAAACAGACCAGUUCCUUCCAAAGGUGGAAGAGAAGAUACUUCAAGCUGCGGGGAAGGACUCUUUACUAUGCCAAAGACUCCAAGUCGCUGAUCUUCGACGAGGUGGAUCUGUCGGAUGCUAGCGUGGCGGAGACGAGCACCAAGAACAUCAACAACAGCUUUACGGUGAUCACUCCUUUCCGGAAGCUUCUUCUGUGUGCGGAGAGUCGGAAGGAGAUGGAGGACUGGAUCACCGCCCUCCGCUCCGUCCAGAAGUGGGAGACGUACGAGGCCAGUCAGUUCAACAUGGAGCAUUUCUCCGGGAUGCACAACUGGUACGCCUGCUCUCACGCCCGCCCCACCUUCUGCAACGUGUGCAGAGAGGCUCUGCCGGGGGUCACCUCACACGGCCUCUCCUGCGAAGUGUGUAAGUUCAAGGCCCACAAGCGCUGUGCAGUGCGCUCCACCAGCAACUGCAAAUGGACCACGCUGGCCUCCAUAGGGAAUGACAUCAUCGAGGACGAGGAGGGGGUGCCCAUGCCCCACCAGUGGCUGGAGGGUAACCUCCCGGUCAGCGCCCGCUGUGUGGUGUGUGACCGCAACUGUGGCAGCGUGCGCCGCCUGCAGGACUGGAGGUGUCUCUGGUGCAAGACCAUCGUACACAACAGUUGUAAGGACCAGAUGGGGAAGGUGUGUCCCCUGGGUCAGUGUCGGGUCUCCAUCAUCCCCCCGACGACCCUCAACAGCAUCGACUCAGACGGCUUCUGGAAGGCCAACUCGGCCUGGUGCUCCAGCCCGCUGCUAGUCCUGGUCAACUCUAAGAGCGGGGACAACCAGGGAGUCAAGUUCCUCCGCAAGUUCAAACAGCUGCUGAACCCCGCCCAGGUGUUCGACCUCAUGAACGGAGGGCCGCAGCUGGGGCUGCGUCUCUUCCAGAAGUUUGUGACGUUCCGUAUCCUCGUGUGCGGGGGGGACGGCAGCGUGGGCUGGGUGCUCUCUGAGCUCGACAAGCUCAACCUCCACAAACAGUGCCAGUUGGGGGUCCUCCCCCUGGGUACGGGUAACGACCUGGCCCGGGUGCUCGGCUGGGGGGCUCUGUGUGACGACGACGCCCAACUGCUGCAGAUCCUGGAGAAGCUGGAGAGAGCCACCACCAAGAUGCUGGACCGGUGGAGCGUGUUAACCUACGAGGUUCCUGGUAAGACCUCCCCCGGGGUGAAGGAUGAAGAUAGCCCAGAGUUCCCUCUACAGGUUCACAUUACUCAGUAUGCUGACUCGGUCGCAUCCCACCUGACUAAGAUCCUGGACUCGGACAAACACACUGAUGUCAUAUCCUCUGCCAAGUUUCUGUGUGGGACGGUGAAUGAGUUUGUGGUGGAGGUGGGGAAGGCGUACGAGAGAGCCACGGAGAACAAAGCAGAGGCAGACGUCAUGGCCAAGAAGUGUGCUCUGCUGAAUGAGAAGCUGGACUCUCUGGUGAAGGCUCUGAGCGAGGAGGCUGAAGCCCAGGUGGUGCCAGCGGGUGCGGUGCCCAUCCUGGAGGGCGGCGGUGGAGGCAGCGGCGGGGGCGUGGGCGGAGGCAGCAGCCCCAGCGAUGAGAGCGCCGACGGGGGUAUGGAGGGGAAGACGUACCGGUCCAAAGAGCAGCUGAUGCUGCGGGCCAACAGCCUGAAGAAGGCCCUGCGGCAGAUCAUCGAGCAGGCCGAGAAAGUGGUGGAUGAGCAGAACAAGCACACCAAGCUGCAGAAACAGUCUACCUCCAUGAAGAGAGAGAACAGCGAACAGGAUUUGAAGGACUCUGAGCUGCGUCAGGGGGGGCUGAGCCCCUCCUCCACCAUCCUUCUGGAGAAGCCCGAAAGUAUCAACACAGUCAGCUUCUUCAACGACGACGCUGUCCAGUGUUCAGAGAAGUGUGUGAUGAACAACUACUUUGGGAUCGGGCUGGAUGCUAAGAUCUCCCUGGAGUUCAACAAUAAGAGGGACGAACACCCCAAGAAAUGCAGUAGUCGCACUAAGAACAUGAUGUGGUACGGAGUGCUGGGGACGAAGGAGCUGGUCCAGAAGACCUACAAGAACCUGGAGCAGAGGGUCCAACUAGAGUGUGACGGGGUAUCCAUGUCCCUCCCCAGUCUCCAGGGUCUGGCCGUGCUCAACAUCCCCAGCUACGCGGGGGGCAUCAACUUCUGGGGGGGCACCAAGGAGGACAACAACUUUGGCGCUCCGUCGUUCGACGACAAGAAGCUGGAGGUGGUGGCCGUGUUCGGCAGCAUGCAGAUGGCCGUGUCCCGCGUCAUCAACCUGCAGCACCACCGCAUAGCACAGUGUCGGCAGGUGAAGAUCACCAUCCUGGGGGACGAGGGGGUCCCGGUGCAGGUGGACGGGGAGGCCUGGGUCCAGCCCCCCGGCAUCGUCAAGAUCAUCCACAAGAACCGCGCCCAGAUGCUGACACGGGACCGGGCUUUCGAGGGCGCGCUGAAGUCGUGGGAGGACAAGAGGAAGAUUGACCGGCCGGUUAGGCCCCGCCUUAACUCCCAGCAGUCCAUGGAGUACCUGACCGAGGAGGAGUGUGCUCAGGUGCAGCAGCUGGGCAACGUGGCCGACACCCUCAUCAUCAAGAUCCGCGAGGCAGCUAAGAGCCAUAAGCUAGUGGAGCAGGAGCUAGCGCAUGCCGUCAACGCUACGGCCCUGGUGCUCAGCGAGGCCUUCCCCUCCAAGCCCUCCAGCCCCGAGGGUCUGACCCGCAGCACAGCGGUGGAAAUAGUCAACAGCAGCAAGGUGCUGAAGGCAGAGACCAGAAUGCUACUGGACGGAAAACUACUGGUGGACUCCCCCGAGGAGGUGGAGCUCCAGACCACGCUGAACAGCCUGAGCACGGAGCUCCACAAGCUGGACGACAUCCACUGGAUCUGCCCCCUCAUGCAGUGCUCCGAGGAGGACUCUGUGCGAGGCAGCAGUAAGAGCAGCAGUAUGAAGCUCAAGAUCCUGCCCAAAGUGAAGAAGGACAGAGAGAAGCUCCACAAGCAGAAGUCCAACAGCUCGCUCUCGGGUGUUUGGGACUCCAAAGCAGGCGAGGCCGACUCUUAGCGAGGCGUUAACGAGCGCUUUAGAGGUACCUCCUGUUGCCGUGACGACUGCCCGCUGGGAGGGGCCCCUGGAGGUCAUCCUGCACAUGGGACGGACGCUGUUAGGGGAGUCCCAUGAUCCACGAGUCUGGCUCCUCUUCCUCCUCUUUUAGCCGACGCAAACCGGCCGGCAACCAGGAAAGAGCCUUUUUGAUUCGAUAUGAUUUGAUGAGGCACAAUGCAUCAUCACUGCUGGCUUUCUGUCAUUGGUCGUGUUUACCCUGCUUGGCCACUCCCCCUCUCUUUUGAAAACGGGGGUAUGGCUAAAAAAAUUGUUGAACAGCCUUUUGGACAUUUUUUCCCGCUCUUUUUGUUGAAUCGUUUUAAGACAAUUUAUUUGAAUGAAUGUUCUCGUCACCGUAGGAACCACUGAAAAUGACAAUUAAACAACGGAAAAAAGGAAGAACUUUAUUGAUAUCGUCACCCAGAGCUGGAGAAUAUCGUAAAUGUUGCAAAAAAAUAUAUGUUAUAUCGAGGAAUGUAUUCAUGUGGACUCGUAUUUAAUUUGUGAAAAAUGAUGACGAAAAUGUUUUACAGAAGUUCCUACUGUGUGUGGUUUUGACGCGGUUCGCUACUGGCCGCUGUGUGACUCUCGUGGGCCAAAGCUAUACAGCUACGCUGCAAAAAAAUACAAACUCUCGCUGUAAAGUACUAGUAUCCAGCCUUAACAUAGGAUUUACCAUUAUUCACUUAACUCAGUGUAAACCUUCUUUGUUAUCGCAUCAAUGCAACAUUUAUCAGUUUUCGUCACACUUCGGAAAAAUACAAACUUCGUAACCACGUUUGUGGUUUUACGAACUGGAAGACAAAACUGGAUUUAUAUGACACUGGAGAAAGUGGACGUUCUGCUACGUGAAAACAGAUGAAGAAGCCUCAAAGACGAAACAUAUCGACUUAUUUUAACCUCUUUUAACUUUUUCUUUAAACUUGCUCAUGGUUGUCUUAAUUAACAUAUUGUAUGAUUAUGAUAUGACGCGUGAUUGGAUCUUCUAUUGCACUGCCUCUGAGGUAUAAACUCGCCCAUCUUUAGACUCUUAUGCAAAAACAUCAGCCAUCAAUCUCUCCUGCCAAUAGCGUCGCUGGUAAUCAAUAGCUGGGUAAUCAAUCUGUCUCGUUGUCGCUUUUUGCCGCCUUUCUUUUUACUUGGAAUCCCUGCAUGCAACCGUCGUACUUGACCAAAGUUACCUCGUCUGCGAUUUAGGCCUUGCUGGUUUCGAAAUCUUUUCAUGGACAUCUUAAAUGAUUUAGUAAUUCUGUUUGUUUUCUACUACUAAGUGCCAGAGGGGUGGGGACCAGCACCCAGGGGAGUUAUAUAUUUUGACAUGACGUGACGUGAAAAUAUAAUGUUACUUCAUGCUAUAGGCUCUUCCUACAUGCCCCCCUUCACAUAUUUAAAACUCUGCAUUUUAGGACCAUAAACUAUUAAUAAGAUAAUAUAUGGAAUAGAAUUUUAAUUUAAAAAAGUUAUAUUUAACUGGUUAACCUGUUAGAAGUAGGAUUUGGAAUUGUUUGAAACUCCUGUACUGUUUUAAUUUUUUUUAGAAAGUAAAAGUUGAAGAAAUUGAUUUUUUCCUAUCUAGCUUCUUUCAAUUACUAGUUUUGUAAAUUUGGGUUGGUGUGCGUAAAAAAGAAAUAGCGUAAAUGUACUUUAGUUUUUAAACAAACUAUAUUCCAACUGAUUUGCUGAUCUGUGAUUAGUCGGUAGCUGCGCUAGCUGAGCAGGGAUUCAGAUUUCCUGCAGUGGUUCUACAUGUUAAACUCCAUGCCGAUAAUGAUAUUGGUCUUCUCUUCAGGCAACUGAAAAGAAUGAAAACCACUUUGAUCUUUCUGAUCUUCACAUUAAACUCCACCUCUCUGGCACACAACAGCACCUAUAUUAGGAGAUAAGGUUUGCUUUGCUAAUUUUAACUACUAACUUUAUGGAUUGCACAAGAACAUUCUUAGUCAUUUCAUUGCAUAGAUAUAAGGAAAAAUAAGGACGAAAUGUAUUGUAAAACAUGCAGUAGUAAAUGUGAGAAUGAUAGUUCAAUGCUAUUUGGAUGAUGAACCCGGGAUUGCUGUUCAACGUUUAAGAUGUUCUGGCUAAGUCGUCAUGGAUACCGUAUCCAUAGCAACUUUACACCUUUGUAUUUCGAGAUUAGUGCCAAGUUUAGACAGUGUCCAGUUGAGGUGUGUAUGUGCGUGUGUGUGUGUGCGUGUGUGUGUGCGUGUGUGUGUGUGAGGGAACUGUAUAUUUAAACGUUUACUGUGUCUGCUUUGCACUUUACGAAGAAGCAAACUUGAGGGAUGAAACUAAAAAGGAUUUGUUUCUUUGUU